AUGAUUGAAGCAAUCACAUCAUUCCUCGCUCUCAAAUGGACACAAGAGCCCCUUUUUCGUCCCUUACCUGUUCAUAUCACACGAGAGUUUGUCCAGACUUCCAACGGUAAUCUCGAGUUGUUGACAUCGGAGCCGCAAGUGAAAAGUGAAGGUCCCUCAUCCAGAAGACCACCCAUUUUCUUCGUUCAUGGCGGUGAAGGUUCUGGCUCAGUCUGGCUUGAGUGGAUGGGCUAUCUUUCAACAUCCUAUAAUGCCCGAACUUACGCAUAUUCAUUAAGGUGCCACGGGGCCAGCUAUUCAGUCCCCUAUUGGAAGAUGGUCUGGGGUACCUCCCUGGAUGACCUAGCCUCAGAUCUUGUCGCCUGUAUACAAGAUGUGAGGAAACGGGAAGGACAGGACCCAAUAAUCGUCGCUCAUUCUUCAGGUGGUGGCUUGACACAAUACGUCCUGUCAAAUGGGCAAGUGAAAGCUCGCGGUAUUGCCCUUGUGGGUGCAGUACCCCACUGGGGCAAUAUGAGCGUCUACUUCAACUGGUUUCGCAGGAUUGAUCCAUGGUUCAGCCUUCGGAGUCUCUGCCAUCUGUUCCAUCCCAACAGCCCGCUCAACACGCCGCGCUUGGUCCAUAAUGCCUUUUUCGGACCGGAAUAUCCACGAAGUCGUGUGCCAGAAUUCAUGAAGUGGAUGAGUAAUUACGAAGCAAUGUUCUGGCCAUUUGGAAUGGCAGGUCGCGGCUGGGGCAUUGAAAACCGGACAUGGCUGGCACCAACUGACAUCCUGAGCAACAUCAUGCAAUGGGACGGAUCUCAAAAGGUCAUGGUCAUGAUUGGCACAGAGGACAGAAUGAUGGGUGGAACUGAAACGAGGAUGGUAAAGGAGUACUGUUCGGCCAUCCUGGCCCUGCAAAGCGAAAAAAAAAUCGACGCCGACUAUGCCUCGAUACAGAGACACGCCAAGGUCGAGAUUGAUAAGAAUGUCAGCGAGGAAGACUACCCAGGAGUGCGAUUGGUAGAGGUUAAGAACGCAGGGCACCAUACGCAAAACGACAUGCAAUGGGAAGAAUCCGCUGAGGCUCUGAGGAGAUUUAGUGAGCAGCUAUGA